UCUAAUUAACUGAACAGCGACCUCUACAAACUACUAAAUAUGUAUCACUCAGAAAAACACAUCUGAUGGUUUUAAAAAUGUAAAUAUUUGAGAAUCCUGGCCAAAAAUUUUAAUAUAAAAUGCGCAAAACGUCGGCACAUUUCUACUUAAUUUUAAUCAAUAUUGUAUCGGUACACUUAUUUCCAAACAGUACAAAAUAUAACCCAAACGAUGGAAACUUCGAUUGGAGCACGUUUGACGACGAUUUACAUUUGAAAAAAACUCAUAAUGUAAGCCUCGGAUCAUAUAACGACUACGUGGAGCUCGAUUACUCCUCGAAGAAUUCGUUCUCGAAUGAAACUAGCGAAUAUGAGCAAAGUGACGAGAGUCUGGUACCAUCGUACGAGCUCAGCGAGGAACUCGAUUACCCAACAACGAAACCCAGACCAAAUGCUACAAAUGAAUUUGAACAAAAACUCUUGGAUGCUGAAAUAUUUGACGAUGUGAUACACGCGAUGCCUGAAAAAUGUCUCAAGGUGACAAUGAAUCACGGUGAUUUAAUUCCGGGUCAAAGACUAAAUCUGCUAGAAGCUUGGGAUCAACCUAACAUUACAUACGAAGCAGAUCCCAAACAUUUGCAUACGUUAUUUCUGAGCUGUAAUUCAAAAUACAUCCCAUUCUCAUCUGAAUCCCAAUCACAAAACGAUGUAACUAAAGCCCAAAGAGAAAUCUCCAAAUGGCUGAUCAUCAACAUACCUGGAAACAACAUCUCAGCUGGGACAUCUUUGUAUAAAUAUACUCCACCGAGUAGACAUCAUCAGAAACAAAUUGUAGAUCGUUAUACAUUUUUACUCUAUAAACAACGAUACAAGAUCAAGGAUGAGUGGUUACCAGAUCCAGUAAACGGAGAUUUCUAUAGUCCUGGAGAGAUAAAUGAGAGCUAUCCGUUUGCCCAGUAUUAUGGUCUAGGAAAUCCGAUAGCUUCAAAUUUUUUCGUUAUGCAUUGGUAGCUUAAUUUUUCACAUAUCGAAUUUCUGAGGAAAUGUAAUGAAAGCUUCGAG